AUGAAGACAGCACUCCAAUUUCUCCUCCACGCCUCCUCUUUGGUCCACCUGGUCCUAGCAGGAGGUAGAUGCACUUCUGACCGGUGUGGACGGUAUGUAACUGGGACGGGGCCGGGCGUAGGGGUGCCCUUAGAGACCCGUAUGUCUAUCUGCAGCCGCUACCUUGAGACAACCGUCAAGCCAGCACCCGUCACCAUCACCAAGUACACAACCAAGUUCCUUGACAGCAGGGCGACACCGCCUGCGGUAACUAACACGACAUCCUCGACUCCCGCCGAGGAAGAUAGCUUCCUCCUCGAGGCCGGUCCCGCCUUGGACGGUGCAUACUGUCCCAAACGCGGCCAAUACUCGUCGGCGUGCAGAUGCUGGGCCCAAAUCACAGCGCGCACCACCACUCUCGCAACACCCACCGUCACCAUCCGCACCACGAGCUAUCUCGACAUCGCCUGCCCGCCCACCGCCUCGGCCGGCCCUCGUGCUGCACGCUUCCCCUGCUCGGCGGGAGAAGGCAUGUGCAGCUGUCUCAAGGCCGGCCGCGAUGACGUCUGCGUCCGCGUCGGCACCCAGGUUGGAGACAGCGGAUGGGGAGCGAACGUCACCGGGCCUUGCGCCGCGCAGAGCGAGUGCGGCGCCGACGGGGAGUGUGAAAGAGGCCAAGUCUGUGUCUAUGACGGAUCGUGUCCGUGUGGCAAGAAACGUUGCUACAUGGGCGUUUCAAAGGGAUGCGAGAUCCAGGGAUUGUCUGUUGAAGAGGACAAGAGACGAAAGAGGGCUCUGGAACGCCGAGCUAGCGAAUACCGCCUGUGA